GGAGAAGCCGCGGUCAUGUCUUUUCGUUACAUGGAUUAUUCUGGGAGUGCCGUGGAUGGGGGGGUGAGGGAUCCCAGGAAGGAGAAGGUGCUGCAGGGCACGGAUGAGAGGACAGACAGCGGCCUGGACUCUCUGAAAGAGGAGGAAUACGAGAGGAUCUCGGUGGAGUUUAAAGAGCUCAAUAUCGUCGGGGGGGUCGCGGCUCCAUCCAAGGACUAUGAGCCCGAGCCCUGGAAGAGCCAGGUCAACGAGGACGGAGACACGAUUCUCCAUCUGGCGAUUAUCCACGAAGAAAAGGAACUGGCAAACGAGGCCAUUAAGAGGUCGUUCAGAGACGCUUUUUACCUGAACUGGCAGAACCACCUGCACCAGACUCCGCUACAUCUCGCAGUCAUCACAGAGCAACCGGAAAUCGCCCAGAAGCUGCUUCAAGCGGGAUGUGACCCCGAGAUAAGAGACUUCCACGGGAACAGCGCUCUGCACAUCGCAUGCCAGAAGGGAUCGCUCUCCGGAGUCGGGGUGAUCAUCCAAAGUUGCCAGACCCAGCUGCCAUCGCUCCUGCAUUCUGUAAACUAUGAUGGUCACACAUGUCUCCAUCUGGCUUCAAUCCAUGGCUACCUUGCAAUUGUGGAAAGCUUGAUCUCCCUGGGAGCCGACAUUAAUGCACAGGAGCCUUGCAAUGGCCGUACUGCCCUUCACAUGGCGGUGGACUUGCAGAAUGCCGAACUGAUGACGCUUCUUCUGGAGAACGGCGCGGAUGUAAACAGAGUCACGUAUCAGGGGUAUUCCCCGUGCCAGCUCACCUGGGGAAGAAGUAACCUGCUGAUCCAACAGAAGCUCGUGGCUGUGACCAAGGAGAGUUUGCAGAAGCUGCCAGAGAGCGACAACGAUAGCUCGGAUUCCGAAUCGGACUACACAGACGACGAGAUCAUGUAUGACGACUGGGCACUUGGGGGUAAAAGCGUGCGUUAGAGCUGUAUAUGUCCGGAAAAGCCUUAAGGACUUAAGUAGAUGGACAAAAUCUCAUCCGUGGCUGCCCAAUUCAGCACUGGGACCAAUGACUCCUCUACGAGAUCUAGAAAAGACUGGAUGACCUCUUGUAGAGUCUGGGAGGCGCUUGUGCUGUUCAGUGACGGAUGUUGUGCGUGAACAACAGAGGUGUUUGAGAAGAGGAUAAGGUGCCCCCCCCUUCAUGAUUGUUUGGGGGGGGGGGGUUUGAACCCCCUACAGUAUAUAGCAUAUAUGGUGCCGGCCGAGACCUCAUGUGAUCUAACAGACUGUUGUAAAAUAAAGAUGAUCGUUUCUGAGCAUGUGUAUAUUUUGUAAAUAAUGUACAGUUUAUUUUUUAUAUAAGUUGGAUAUUUAUUAAAAAAAAUGAAAAGCA